GGGGGGAAGGGGGGUGCACGAGCGCGCAGACACCUGGGUAAACUUGUGCGCUUUGACUACUACCCGUGAAUCGAAAAUGAACAACCAUUUCGAUGCCGAGCAACGCACUAAUCCAACCAAUGUUACCAAGGCCAAUACAAUUGAUUACUUUUGCGUAAUAACGUCAACAUUAAUUGUCCACGCGGAAUCUGCUGGGUCAUUGGGUUUACUUUUCUGCCCAAGGUCUGGCUGCAUCCCACCUCCCCCGGGCUGUAGUAUCCUUGCUGCCAGAUUAAAAUCGCUGUGCUAUUGGAAUUUGUGUGUUUUAGUUAAGACGUGCUUGUCACUUCUUCCUCUGGCAUUUGAGCUUUGAAUCUGACUGCCAGAGAAAGGACUAUGAAGAGGUUAACACAUUUCACCACGGAUGUUUCUUCCCUCUUGACCGAGUAAUCGAACGUUAGUGAUGCACCCAAAGAGGAGUUCAAUGGAUUUUUUGCGCGUUUCGUGGAGGUUCUAAAUCCUGCAGAUCACCAAUUUUGCAGGACGUCCCAAGAAAACAACAACACAUUAAUUGACGGCUCUAAUUUUUGAACGUAACUUUUUUUGGGGGUAGGAUACUCUCAUCAUGACGAUUCUAUUAUCUCGGACUCAACUUGCCCUGUUUUUUAUUCUCCUAUGUCCGGUCAAUAUCAUUGGGUUAUGGUGGGCAGUGGGGAGCCCUCUGGUUAUGGAUCCUAACAGUAUCUGCAGGAAGACCAAGCGACUAGCGGGCAAGCAGGCCGAGCUGUGCCAGACCCAGCCAGAGAUCGUCCACGAGGUCGCCAAGGGUGCCAAGCUGGGUGUGCGGGAGUGCCAGUACCAGUUUCGCUUUCGCCGCUGGAACUGCACCAGUCAGAACAAGUACUUUGGCAAAAUACUCCAACAAGACAUCCGGGAGACAGCGUUUGUGUACGCCAUCACGGCGGCUGGGGUGACCCACGCGGUAACACAGGCCUGCAGUAUGGGGGAGCUGCUGCAGUGUGGCUGUGAGGCGACCAGGAGCAGGGCUCCCCCCCGGCCUGCCUCCUUCUCCACCACCACCUCUGUCGAAGGAGUCAAGUGGGAGUGGGGCGGCUGCGGAGACGACGUGGAGUUUGGCUACGAGAAGUCCAAGCAGUUCAUGGAUGCCAAGAGGAAAAAGGGCAAGAGUGACAUCAGGACGUUGAUCGAUCUCCACAACAACGAAGCAGGACGACUGGCGGUGAGGAAUUAUAUGAGGACUGAAUGUAAAUGUCAUGGCCUGUCCGGGUCUUGCACACUCCGGACCUGUUGGAAAAAGAUGCCUCACUUUCGGGAGGUGGGUGAUCGCCUUCUGGAGAGGUUUAAUGGAGCUUCCAAGGUGAUGGGAGGCAACGAUGGCAAGACCCUGAUUCCUGUGGGCCAGAACAUCAAGCCUCCGGACAAACAGGACCUGAUCUACUCGGCCGAAUCGCCCGACUUCUGCUCACCCAACAGGAAGACAGGCUCGCUGGGCACGCGGGGCCGCAUGUGCAACAGCACAGCCAUGGACGUGAGCGGCUGUGACCUGCUGUGCUGUGGGCGUGGCUACCGAGACGAGACGGUAGUGUUCGAGGAGAACUGUCUCUGCCGCUUCCACUGGUGCUGCGUGGUGCAGUGUAAGAAGUGCUCGGUGAGGAAAGAGCUCAGUCUCUGUCACUAGCAUUACCACAGAGGAACUUGGUUGGUUUCAGGCCUCUUCAGCCUCACAGGGAUGAUGCACUGAGAUCAGGCUUCCACAGUUCACUUCAGGAGCACGCUGAAAGAUGAAUGUCUUAUCUAGGAUCAUCUUGGACAGACAGCUGGAGGAACUCUCCUCUCAAGCUGUAGAACAGUCCAGAAUGGCCACUACUUCAGUGCUCACCACAUAGAGCUCUAUGACCCUGAACUUAGGCUCUUUUUAAAAGUUACAUUUCAGCUCCCAGAACUUUCUAGAGCAGAAUGCUGGGUCCCAUGUCAUAUAAGACAACCAGAAAGUUUGGUACUAUUCUCAGUCAUCUGUACAGAGCUGUUAGCCUCUAAAGCAGUGGUUCCCAAACAUGUUUGCACAGUGAACCACCCACCACAGGUCUUUAGAAUUAGCCAUUGACCCAGAAAAUAGCAUAACAACUGUUUCUAGCCUCAAACCCAAUGCUAGGACCCACUAAGAACAUGGGGCCUACAACCCACCAUUAGGGAAAAACUUUGCAUAGUUAGUUAACCAUGUAUCUACGAGGGGUGACUAUUGUAAAGAAAACAUAAUGACUUUGCAUGUGGAAAAUACAGUCAUGGUGAUAAAAUAUUUUCCUAUGUAACAUAAAUGUCCUUCAUGUGAAAGGUAAAUGGACAUGCUCAACAUGGAAUACAGGUUUUUUGUAUCUAGCACAAAAUGUAUAAAAAAGGGAAAUGUGGGGUUGUGUUUUUGGAAGACGAACCGAACCCCAUCUUGUUUCAUGGUGAGGAGCUGAACUGACAUCCGAGACAAUUAUUUAUUAAAAAUUUUUAUGACAAGACUACUCAUAGUGAUAAGGUGAGGAACGUGCCUACCGUCUCUCUGAAAAGCACUUUGGAUGUUGGAGCUAUCUAUGUAAGCCAUUUGUUACAGUUCUGGUUUUGUUUGUUGGAGUAGUUUGCAAAUGGAAAAAUAUGUUCAGACUUUUUUUUUUUUGUAUGGUGCAGUAUCGAGAAAGUAUGAUAUUAUGUUUAUCUGUUUAAUAUAAAGGUCUUUUGUAAUGCACUUUCAAUUAAAGCAUUUGUUACGUUAAGCUUUGUUAGGUAUAGUCAUGUUGUGCAGAAUAGCCAGUCA